AUGAUGAUGAGUCGGUAUGGAGCCAAGGUGAUGGCAACUGCUGGACAAAGGCUUUUCUCUUCCAGUGCCGUGUCUCCCAACCAUCUUCUGAAGUCUAGGGUUCCGACCAGCGGAGGCCUGAGAGAGUUUAGCAAAAUGACAUUUGAGAAGAAGAAAACGGAGGAUAACAAAUCGGAGAAAGGUUCGAAGGGUGAUCAAGGGAACAAAGGAGAGGAAUUAAUCGUUAGCUAUUGGGGAGUGAAGCCUAUGAAGAUCACCAAAGAUGAUGGAACUGAAUGGAAAUGGAGCUGCUUUCGGCCAUGGGAGACGUAUAAAGCAGAUCUGACUAUAGAUUUGAAGAAGCAUCAUGUCCCAUCGACUUUACCGGACAAGUUAGCUUAUUGGACGGUUAAAUCUCUCCGUUGGCCUACCGAUUUGUUCUUCCAGAGGCGGUACGGAUGCCGAGCGAUGAUGUUGGAAACGGUAGCAGCGGUUCCAGGAAUGGUUGGAGGAAUGUUAGUACACUGCAAAUCCCUAAGGCGGUUUGAACAAAGCGGCGGUUGGAUCAAAGCACUUCUUGAAGAAGCAGAGAACGAGAGAAUGCACUUGAUGACAUUCAUGGAAAUCGCUAAACCCAAUUGGUACGAACGUGCCCUCGUGAUCGCCGUUCAAGGCGUUUUCUUCAACGCAUAUUUUCUUGGAUACAUAAUCUCACCCAAGUUUGCUCACCGUAUGGUUGGAUACCUUGAGGAAGAAGCGAUACACUCUUACACUGAAUUUCUCAAGGAACUUGAUAAUGGUAACAUCGAAAACGUUCCUGCACCAGCCAUAGCUAUUGAUUACUGGAGACUCCCUGCUCAUGCAACGCUUCGUGAUGUUGUCAUGGUGGUUCGUGCUGAUGAAGCGCAUCACCGGGAUGUUAACCAUUAUGCAUCCGAUAUUCACUACCAAGGUCGUGAACUUAAGGAAGCUCCAGCUCCAAUAGGAUAUCAUUAAAUUUAGUUAUCACUUGUUGAAUAAGAAAAGUGAUAAGAUCAUAACUAGAGAGUACUUGAUCAGAGAUAUGGC